AUGGUGUCGCACGGUCUGUUCCACCGGCGGCUGUGGAACCCUUUCGGCGCUUUCAAGAAGCCCGUCAAGAAGCCGCCGCCUAAAAGCGGCGGCGCGGGCAAGCAGUCGGCCGCCGUGGCGUGCGAGGGCGUGCAGUGCCCGCAAGGCGCGGCGUGUGUCGCGGACAGCAACGGCUUUCCCUUCUGCAAGUGCGACGGGACCCUCGCGCUGAUCAACGGCUCGUGUGUGCCAGCCGUGGACGGGCAGGUGGUGGCAACAAGCGUGCUGCUGUUCGCCGCCGCCAAUUUCUCCCCCGCGCCGCCCGCCGUGCUGCGCGGCGCCAUCCCGAACCGCACAUGCGUGAACCUACCCGCGUCGCACGCGGGCGCCAUCGGGUCGCUGCGCAUCCUGUGGAGCGUGAAGGACGGCAGCAGCGGCGCGAGCCGCGUGGUGUGCGGGAAGGUGUUCUUCUGGGACCAGCCGGAUUGCUGCUGCUCGGGGUCGGGGUGGGAGGUGCCGGGCGGGUGGAAAGCCGCUAGUGCCGCCAAGACCAACUACGCGCCCACCAGCAUUCAAGUGACGGGUGGAGUGGUGGCGGGAGCCAAGUCCAUGUCGUGCCAGGCCUUUGCCGACCCUGCUAGCACCACGGAGCCCGGCACAGGCGUGCCCACCGGCAACACCGGGAGCUCCGGCAGCACUGGAAGCACUGGUAGCACGGGCGGCAGCACGGGCGGCAGCGGGGCGUGUAAGGAGACGGUGUGUCCGGCCAACUCCGUGUGUGUGGCCCAGGUCUCUGGCGCGACAUGUAACUGCGUGGCUGGCUACGCCAAGGUCAACGGGCAGUGCCAGGCGAUGGACAUCUGCUCAAUCGUCUCCUGCCCAGCCAACUGCACCUGCUCCUCUUCCGCUGGCAUUGCCAAGUGCUCCUGCCCAGACCGAUGCUACGGUGUCAAGUGUCCGGACGUGUCCACGUGUGUGGUGCAGAGCGGUACGCCGGUGUGCAAGUGCCCCGCGCCCUACACGCGGCUCAUCGACGGAAAGUGCUCCUCUGCUGCCCUUCCCAACUCCGACUACCUCGAUGUUCACAACAACGCCCGCGCUGCUGUGGGGGCCGUGCCUCUCGUGUGGGACGACACAUUGGCUUCGCACGCGCUGGCGUGGGCGACAGCGCUGACCAACAGCACGUACAACUGCGGGCUGUCGCACGGCGGCAACAGCGGCGAGGGGCAGAACCUCUCGGGCGCCAGCCCCUCCGGCUGGGCCUCGAAUGCAGCGGCGGCCAGCUGGUGGGUGAACGAGGGGCAGUGGUACACGGCUGCUGUGUUCCCCGACGGCUGUGAGGGCGGCAACUGGUGCAAGUGCGGGCACUACACGCAGGUGGUGUGGAACAACUCGCGGAAGCUGGGCUGUGCCAAGGCGUCGUGCGGCACGAGUGGGGACGUGUGGGCGUGCCACUACUACCCGCCCGGGAACUACGGCGGCCAGCGGCCCUACGUGCAAGACCCGUGCUUCAGGGUGCAGUGUCCGUCCACCGCCACGUGCUCAGCAGUGGACGGCAAGCCCGUGUGCGCCUGUGCUGCCGGCCAGGUGCUCGUCAACAACGCCCAGUGCCAGCCAGACCCAUGCAAGGGAGUGAGCUGCCCAGCGGGUGAUCUGGUGUGUGACGGCAGCACCGGCACAGCGCAGUGUGUGUGCCCCAAGGGGCUGCUGCUCACCGCCCCCAACACCUGCCUGGCGCCAUCAUGUGUGGGGGUGGAGUGCCCCUCAACGGCCCGCUGCAGAGCCACCAGCGGCGGCAUCCCCUUCUGUGCCUGCCCCACCUCCUACUCCCUCGUCAACGGCACCUGCACUCAAGCUGCCCCCGCCACAGUGGCAUCAAGCGUUGUUCUCUACAACGGGCCUUCCUUCACCAACUCGCCCGCCUCCCUCGCUCCCACCGUGCUGCGAGCCGCCACGCCCGGCGCCUCGGGAGCAGCGGGCUGCGUCAACAUCCCUUCAUCCCUGGCAGGGGCGGUGGGGUCGCUGCAGAUCCUCUGGGACGUGCCGGACGGGGCGGCGGGGGUGCGGCAGGUGUGCAAGCUGAUGUGGUUCUGGAACGGGGCCAACUGCUAUGGCCACGCCACCGGGUGGGGGCGUCCCGGCAACAACGUCACAACUGCUGCGUGA